GUUGGAAUAGUAAGUUAGAUUAAGGGAACCCUAUGUAAACACGGUUACUGUUACCACCCAAACUCGUAACCUGGCAGAGAGCAUUUGAAUUAAUGGGGCGGUUUUUCGUGACGCGUCGUCUCGUAAAGUCGUGAUGCACCGUCAAGAUGCCUAAGAAACUACUCAGUGGUCUCAUAUGUUGUCAAAUUACAUGUUUGCAGUUUUACCAAAUCCAUCCAUCCUUCACGCUACACUAAAAGAAAUGCAAUCAAACUGAAUCUAUCGAAUUGAAACCUCGUGACCCCUCGGCCCUGACGACCGAUGGUGCUACCACUCCAUCACCCCUGUGUCCCUGGUGGCGAGACCAUCAGCACUGGUGACCGUGGGCCCAGACGGGGGGCUGUCAGAGCUGGUGAUCGGGGCCGUUCUUGUGACGAUCAGCGCAGAGCUCGACACCGGCCGCACUCAGAAGUUCCACUUCAAGACGGCUACGCACUACCGGAAGGAGUACAAAGACCGUGAUGGGAGUGUGUACGGCGAGUACGGAGUACACAUGCCGGACGGCUGGACACGGGUAAUGGUGUACGAGACCUCUGCAAACAAACUGCGGCUGGUACACGAGUACCGAACACCCACCAAACGGCUACGAGGAGAAGGCAAGGAUUCGCCGCCAAGAAAGUUCAGGAGACCGCAGCCCCGCGAAGAGCUUGAUAAUGACGUCCAACCAGAAAUUCAAAUUAUUGCCGUGCCACAGCUUUGGAAAGUGCGAGGUGAGGAUCUGUUCGCCUCUGCCAGUGAGCAGCGCCCCGUCACUUUGGUGCUGGCGGGCUCCGACCAGAAGCCAACGCUGGCGCCACCUAGACUGACCGACCAGCGCGCCCUCUAUAACUUCGGUUACGCUGCUCCGUACCACGGCCACAACGAGACGGGCACGGAGAGCGGCGCCAAGUUCGGGGAGUACUACGUCGACCUGCCCAACUGCUGGCGAUCCGUGGUCAGAUACUGGGCCGACGAGAGCGGCUACCACCCGACGCUGCGCCGUAUGCGUACCCCAGGCUGUGAACAGCAGAAGCGGGAGGCGGUCAGCUCCGACCCAUCCGCUGCCGCCGACCCCUCGUCUCCGGACGGACCGUCCGCCGUGGCCCCUGGUAAGAGCCCGGACCCAGCUCCCGCCGGGCAGCCACAGGAGACCGAGACUCCCUCGGCAGCCCGCUCCGAGCCGCAGAGGACAGCGGGAAGGAGGGGACCGUCAGCGCCCGGCUCUCCCUCGGGGGCGACGGCAUCCUGCGGGAGCCGUACGGGUCCCGACGGCCAGCCAGCAGCCCCCAGCCGGCCGUACGGGUUCGCCUACAACGCGGGUACGCAUUACCACUGGGAGCGCGGUUUCGCCAAUGGAACCAAGAUAGGGGCCUACGCGGUGCAGCUGCCGGAUGGUACUCUUCGGACCACCACCUACACCGCCGACUGUUCAGGCUUCAAACCGAGCAUCACUGUCGAGCCGUUAGACGAGGCCAAGUUCCUCAGAGACUUCCAGGCGUUCAACCCGCCUAAGGAGGCCAAGCUGUUCGAGCGAGGUGAGCAGCCCCAGGCCUCCGCCCUGGUGCGUUCGGAACCGGCGCCGGCUCCGCAGAACCUACGAGCUCCGGGAAAGCAGAGAUCGGCAGAGGUCCGCGGAACGCCGCCCCGACUGGUGCAGGAGCGACGGAAGGAGACGACAUCCUCACCGGCCUCCACCAAACCGCCCACCACCACAGAAAGGCCCACGGCUGCCAGCACUACCACCACCACCACCACCACAGCGCCGCCAACGACCACAGCGGCGCCUCCACGAACCUCUGCUUCUCCCAGUCGACCGAUAGGUGGCAGCCCCAGCAGAAGCCGCUCCCCAGCCCGCCGCCUCGCCCCGAUCGUGCCCAUCCGACCGGCCGGCAGCGGGCCGUACCAUUUCUACGUCCACCUACGGCACAACUACCACGAGGAGCGGGGAUACGAGAACGGCACCGUAGCCGGUCAGUACGGCGUGGUCGGACCCGAUGGCGUGCUGCGGGAAGUGGGCUACACCUCCGAGCACGGCUUCGUACCCACGCUGACCGACACACCCGUCAGCGCCGACCACGACCUCAGCUCUCGGCCGAGGAAACUCUGAGGUCGUGUGUCUCUGAGCUCGUGAGGGAAAGUGCGGGGUGCGGGAGGACGAAGGGCCAGUGUCGGUUACUGGACUGACUGCAGGCGGUGGGUUUGACGCCGCAGUGCGGUCUUGGCUGUGGGAGAUGAAUAGAAUAGUGAGAGGUGAGGUGGCUAUUGUGAGGUAGUGUGUAAAAGCGUUUGGUGCACAUGUCGGUAAGAAGUGGCCAAUAGCCCAACAGAAGAGCUGACUACCAGGCUCGUGUCGGGAGAGCAAACAUUAUUGUGCCGUCGAGCAGAGUUGGGGGAAAUCACAUUUUUACUGCUACUCCAAAGAAAUAUUUGCGGGAAAACGAUCGCUCCGGCUGCACUAUGCUCACAAGUCACUUUUCAAGAAUGGUCGCCCACGGCCCAACCUCCCAAUGUAAGCGUUACGGAAGGAUUCAGUUGUGAAAAGGGGUGUGGACGAAUGACAGACAAGGGCGAGCAAUUUUGCUUUUAUCUGUUGUCAUCGAGCUGAAACUGAAGAGAACGUUCUUAUUCAAUGCUCACACUAAUGCUCAACGAAUGAUCAAACACUGUCAAAGCUUUGAACCCGUGCACCAUUGUGAAUGUUAAGCGCAACGCAGAUCAUGGAAACGAUAAUACAUUGCCAUGCUAUGAGGCACUUCCAUUACCAAAUACCCAUUCUGUGAACCAGAGCCCACAGCCACGCAUGUAACUUCUCGCGUUCAUCCUUUAUCAGUCAUACAAUAAGUAGAAGCUGCGCAUUUUCAUGAUUUGUCUGUAAAUAAAUGUCGCACGUUCCU